GUCCCACGCCGCCAGACACCCUGUCAUGACGUAUACAGCUGGAUUCGCACAUGGUUUUCGUAUUCACACGGUGGAACCUGGUAACGGGAAUAUAAAUGCUGGGGCUCCCAGACUUAAAACCUCCAAGGACUCGGUUAGUUGAACGGCAGAACAGAAUGGCAGUAUCUUCGGACAGGAUGACGCUGGACCCACUUGUCGCAGCCAUUGAUCAAGGGACAAGCUCUACUAGGUUCUUGGUAUUUAAUGCCAAAACGGCUGAACUGGUGAGUCAUCACCAGGUGGAGAUCAACCAGAGUUUCCCAAAAGAAGGCUGGGUGGAGGAAGAUCCUAAGGAGAUCCUGCAGUCUGUGUGUGACUGCAUGGAGAAAACAUGUGAGAACCUUACCCAGCUCAACAUCGACAUCUCCCGCAUCAAAGCAAUCGGUGUGACCAAUCAGAGAGAGACCACACUGGUCUGGGACAAGAACACUGGAGAACCUCUGUACAACGCCAUUGUUUGGCUGGAUCUGCGCACACAAUCCACAGUGGAGAGCCUGAUCAAUAAUACCCCAAAGAGGGACAAGAACCACCUGAAGCCCAAAACAGGCCUUCCCAUCAGCACUUAUUUCAGUGCGGUGAAGCUGCGCUGGCUCAUGGAUAACGUGAUGGAGGUGCACGAGGCAGUGCUCUCCCACCGGGCCAUGUUCGGAACUGUGGACUCCUGGCUCAUAUGGUGCCUGACGGGGGGGAAGAGUGGGGGGGUCCACUGUACAGACGUGUCCAAUGCCAGCCGCACCAUGCUCUUCAAUAUUCACACCAUGGACUGGGACCCAGAGCUCUGCGCAUAUUUUGAUAUCCCAGUGGAGAUCCUGCCGAAAGUUAGGAGUUCCUCAGAAAUCUAUGGCUUAAUGGAAUCUGGCUCCCUUGCUGGAGUUCCCAUAUCAGGGUGUUUGGGGGACCAGUCGGCAGCCCUUGUAGGACAGAUGUGCUUGCAGGAUGGUCAGGCUAAAAACACGUAUGGAACAGGUUGUUUCCUGCUCAGAAACACUGGCUCAAAGCCAGUAAUGUCAGACCAUGGCCUGCUAACGACGGUGGCCUAUAAGAUGGGAAGGGAUGAGCCUCCAUGCUAUGCACUAGAGGGCUCGGUGGCCAUAGCAGGGGCAGUGGUUCGGUGGCUAAAGGACAAUCUUGGAAUAAUCCAGUCCACUAGCGAGAUUGAGAAACUGGCUUCUUCAGUGGGAACGUCCUACGGUUGCUACUUUGUUCCGGCAUUUUCUGGGUUGUACGCCCCCUACUGGGAGCCAAGCGCACGAGGAAUAAUCUGUGGUCUGACUCAGUUCACCAAUAGGAAACACCUGGCCUUUGCUGCCCUGGAGGCUGUCUGCUUUCAGACUCGAGAGAUCCUGGAUGCAAUGAACCAGGACAGCGGGAUACCUCUAACCCAGCUGCAGGUGGAUGGGGGGAUGACCACUAACCGGCUGCUGAUGCAGCUUCAGGCCGAUAUCCUUUGCAUCCCUGUGGUGAGACCCACCAUGCCGGAGACCACGGCACUGGGGGCCGCCAUGGCUGCGGGAGCAGCAGAGGGGGUAGGCGUUUGGAGCUUGGAGCACGCCAGUCUUACGGCUGUCACCUCCGAGAAGUUUGAACCUCAGAUCAACCCUGAAGAGAGUGAGUCACGCUACGCACGCUGGAAGAAAGCCGUAAUGAAAGCUAUGAACUGGGAAACGACAGAUCCUGUCUGCAACAGUAGUGGGCAUCACAACUAGGAUCUGAGCCAAGUAUACCAUCUGCUGCCAUAGUUCAACCUUCUCCUGUCUUUGCCACGCUGUGAAGUUGCUCCCCAGGUUGUGGCGUGCCCCUGUACCUCCAUUACAUGGCACACAAACCCACACCCUGGACCCAGCUUGUACAAUCCCAGCCAAUCAAAUGGAAGAAAUAUGAGUGGGUGUGCCAGGGACAACUGUUUUCCUUUGAGGAUUGCUUUUGAUUUGAUGACGCUGCUUCAUAUUGGUCUUCAGCAGGAGUUGUUUUUAGAUGCUCACGUUUUUAUCUUUUCAUUUUGAAUGAAAGGAUUUGAUAAACUAUAAAUUCACAAAAAAUGAUGAAUUCAUAUUUUUAUCUUGUUGAUAUUAGUGGUGCACAUUUAAAAUCUUUCUAUUUAUGUAUUUUGUCUGCACACUGGAGGACACUGCCCAAACUUAAAUCUUCACAUUCAAUAUAAAAAAUCUAUUUAAAUUUUUUAACACAUUGCGAAAGACAUUUGAGAAAAACUGUGGGAACAUCAUGCUUCAGCCACACCGGUGUGCUUCUUCUCACGUGGACUUUGCUGUUUUUGAUUAAUAGUAAUUGAAGGGCUAUAGAUACCUCAAAAUGAAAUGUAACUGCAAGCCUUUGAAGCACUUCAUAAUGUAUCUGUUUAUUUGGGAUUGUAACCAGUGUCAGCCUGACCUAUAUGCAAGGUUCACACUGCGGGUAGGGCCCUGCCUUCCUCAAAAAGGCCACACACCUCUUGGGUUAUGGUCUGAUUAAAGAUAUUGGUUAAAUUUAACACCCCCCCCUCCCCCUUACUCACAAUCUUCUGGUCCAUGUCCAAAAGACAGGGGAGAGAGGCCCCCAAAUAAAUAUAUGCUUAGGGCCCCCAAAAGGUCAGGGCCGACCCUGUUUGUAUGCACUGCACUGGGGCUCAAUGGUACUGUAUAAUGCUCAUUUAAUUUCUAUUAAUAAUCAUGCCAGGUUUGUUUUUAAAGUUUUAAUUAUUUAAAAGGAAGCCUGAUACAACACUGUGUUUGAAUUGUUUAAAUGUCUUUUAAAUUAAGACUGGUUAAACUUGGGACUUCAUUCUAGUUUUAAAAAAAUAUUUUAAUCAGUAUCCAAAGCCCAUCCCCAAAGCUAGUUAAGAAAAUCUCAUUUGUGCCUUUUUUUAAAUAGUCCCAGUCCAUAGUGACUCCUGUUCCAUUUGUGUAUAUUUUUAUACCCCUAACUGUGUGUACUGUGGUUCUGUUUGCUGAAAUGCUGGUAUUCUUUGCAGUCAUGUUGAUAAUCAGCUUGUCAAUGUGAUUAACAUGUAUUAAACAUGUAUGCGCUAUUUAAA